UAAAGAAAGAGAGCACAUAAAAGAUAUAUUUUAUACAGGUAAAUACACUAUUAUUUUUAAUGAGAGGUCUCGAAUUUGAAUCAUAAGAAUGAAGUUACCUUUGUUAGGAAACACUGAUGUGUUAUUUUUCGAUGCAAAUUCAGAUGAGUCACUGCCCAAAGUACCAUAUACUAUAGGUGAAAAAAGGAAAAUCUAAUAAAUAAAUAAGUAUAAAAGAUAUUGUUUUUUUUCCCCUUCUUUUGAAGGGAUAAAUAGAAUCCUCUUCUGGAAAUGACCAUUGAGUUAUAGUACCUCUCUUAUCCGAAUAUAAAGACGCGCUCACUAAUUUAGUGUGUGAGAUUGAAAACAGUGAGAGUAUACUCUCUCUCACCGGCGCCGGAAAUUAUAUUCAACGGUGAGUAGGUGGUUUCGAGUCUAUUUUUUGCAGAUAAGGACCUCAAGUUUCUUGAAGUGUCAAGUUUUGCUAGUCUUCUUCGGCAAAGCUGGUACUACUUGCUGCCCCUUUUUCAUCGGCAGUUUUUCUCCGGCGUAAUUGAGUUAUCGCUGUGUUUCUGAGUUCGUGAUCGUGCACCAUAGACUAGCUCUCGCUACAAUGGCAUCUCUCUCAUGGUGGAAUCCUGCUCCUGCCACGACUGCAAUGGCAGCUUGUUCUCCAACUCCAACAUCCUGUAAAACCUCUAACUCAUUAGCACUGCCGCGCUCUGUGUUUGUCAGCAAGCAAGCAAAGUUAAUGAAACAAGCCAAUGGUCUUUUGGUUAUAACACAGCAACAGUCAAAGAAGAAGAAUCAUUCAUUCACCAAUUCCAGAAGGAAUACCAGCAUUCAGUGUCUCUCACAGGAACAGAAAUGGACUCAUGAAGGUUCCAUUACCGAAUCGCUCCCCAAUGGCAUGUUUAGGGUCAAAUUGGAUAAUGCAGAUGUCGUUCUGGGAUACAUUUCUGGGAAGAUACGAAAGAAUUUCAUACGGUUGUUGCCAGGCGACAGAGUCAAAAUUGAAGUAAGUCGGUAUGAUUCCACUAAAGGACGCAUCAUUUAUCGUCUCCGCGGUGGCCGAGAAGGCUAGGACUCAAGUGGUGGUGGAAGGCUAUUUUGUAAGUGACCAUGUUUGCUGAUGAACCAACAUUCACCUGUUCCUAUCCUUGCUUAUGAGAAGAUAACCUAGAAUGUAUAUUCAUAUACUUGGAUAUUCAUAGGCAUUUACUUUUGUUCUUGAUGUUUAUGUUUUGAUAGUAAACCAAGUUUGGAAAAGCAAAACUUGUGCAUCUUUUUGGCUAUUUUCUUGAUUAUUUUAUUCAGAAACAUGCUCA